ACUCACACAGGACCUUCACUGCCUUCACUGGUUCUGAUUUGAAAGAGAGGUAGAGCUGAAUAUUAGAGGUAGAACAGAAAUAUCACUUGGACAGUGCUGGCAUGUAUAUAAUUUCUCCCCCCAGGAAAGGACCCACAAAGUACUGGCAGCUCCUCUCCUUCUUGUAUGCCAUUCAAGCGAUCAACCAGAAUCAAAAGCUGUUACCCAACAUCACCCUGGGCUACAGCAUCCAUGAGAACUUUUUUGAUGGAAGGGUGACCUAUGAUGCUUUGCUAGACAUGUUGUCAAUUGGGCAGCUGAACUUUCCAAACUACAGCUGUGGUAAACAGACUAACUUACUGGCUGUUCUCGAAGGGUCCGACUCUCAAAACUCCAUCCAGAUUUCAAACGUGUUGGGCAUCUAUAAAAUCCCACAGGUCACUUAUGCUUUUGUCUCUCAUGUUCUGAAUGAUAAGAGGCAUUUCCCUUUUUUCUACCGGAUGGUCCCCAAAGAAGAAGCCCUGUACCCAGGGAUUGUCAAGCUGCUCCAGCACUUCCGAUGGACCUUGAUUGGCCUCCUUGCACCAGACAGCGACAAUGGAGAGAGGUUCCUGAAGAGCUUGACACCCGUGCUCAUCAAGAGCGGAGUCUGUGUUGUCAUCUCACAAAGCAUCCAAGGACUGAAUACAAAUGGAGUAUACAUGCCUCGUCUUCCAUUCCGCAAGUGGAGGCAAGUGCAUGUAUUUGUUUACUACGGGGAAAUGACUUAUUUCUUAGAUGGACUACUCAUCAUACAAAGGUUUUUUGACAUAGGGAUGAAAUCCAUUGUUGGGAAAAUCUUCAUCACAACAGUUUUGUGGGAUGUCGCCCUGGAGCUGAUGUAUAAUGACAUAUCUUUCCAACACAUCCAUGGUAUAUUUUCCUUCUUCACUGAGACAAGUAAAGGGGCAAAAUACAGUGAUUUUCCACCCUUUUUCUCUGGUAUUAAGAAGUUUUGGGAGGAUGCUUUUAAUUGUUUCUAUUUAAAGCAUGCAUUCUCAGUGAAAGGCCAGACAAGAUGCAGAGAGAGAGAGAAACUGGAGAGGCUUCCCCAAGAUGAUCUGGAAAGAAUCCUCUCUCUAGACAGCUACAGGAUCUACAACACUAUGCAAGCCGUGGCUCGUGCCUUAAAUGCUGCAUAUUCAUCUAGAUCUAAGCAGAGGGGAACUGAGAGAAUGGGACUUCAAAGGCUACAGCCAUGGCAGCUCCACCCUUUCCUAGGAAACACCCAGUUCUACAAUUCUUCCAUGGACAGAGUGUAUUUGGAUGAGAACGGGGAGCUGGCAGCCGACUUGGACAUUGUGAACUGGGUGGUGUUCCCCAAUAAAUCCGUCCUCAGAGUGAAGUUUGGGAGUAUCGACAGACAGGGAUCCCCAGACCUGAAGUGCUCCAUCGACCAGGAGGCCAUUGUGUGGCCCAAGUGGCUCAAUCAGACCCUUCCUACUUCCAGGUGUGUGGAAAGCUGUCGCCCUGGAUCCGUCAAGGUGAUUCAGGAAGGGAAGCCUCUUUGCUGUUAUGAAUGUCUUCCCUGUGCAGAAGGGACCAUCUCCACUCAGGAAGAUGCAGACCAUUGCAAAAAAUGCCCAGAAAAUCAGCAUCCAAACCAUAACCGAGAUCAAUGUGUGUUCAAGCAUAUCACCUUCCUAGCCUACGAAGAAUCUCUGGGGGUUGUCCUACUUUCCCUUGCCCUACUGGGGUCCUUAGCCACAAGCUUUGAUUUAGGAAUCUUUAUUAAAUACAACGAAACUCCCAUAGUCAAAGCCAACAACCGGGACCUCUCCUACAUCCUCCUCGUCUCCCUCCUGCUUUCCUUUUUGUCCUCCUUCCUGUUCAUUGGGAGGCCAAGGAAAGGGACCUGCCUUCUCCGAGAAACAGGCUUCAGCAUCAUCUUCUCUGUUGCUGUUUCUUCUGUGUUGGCAAAAACCAUCACUGUGGUUCUGGCCUUCCUGGCCACCAAGCCAGGGAACUCAGUGAGGAGAUGGCUGGGGAAGAGUCUGGCCAACUCCAUUGUCAUUUCUUGUUCCUGUGUCCAAGUUGUCAUCUGCAUGAUCUGGCUGGGGAUCUCGCCACCAUUCCCAGACUCUGACAUGCACUCCCAGCCUGGGGAGAUCAUCCUGCAAUGCAACGAAGGGUCUGUGGCCAUGUUCUAUGGUGCCCUCGGCUACAUGGGCUUCCUGGCGGCCAUCUGCUUCACGGUGGCUUUCCUAGCCAGGAAUCUGCCUGGGGCCUUCAACGAAGCCAAGCUGAUCACCUUCAGCAUGCUGGUCUUCUGCAGUGUUUGGGUGUCCUUUGUGCCCACCUACCUGAGCACCAAGGGGAAGUACAUGGUAGCCGUGCAGGUUUUCUCCAUCUUGGCCUCCAGUGCUGGGCUCCUGGGCUGCAUCUUCAUUCCCAAAUGCUACAUUAUUUUGCUGAGACCUGAUCUGAACACAAAGGAGCACCUGACAGCAAAAACUAAAAAUAGCAUCUGAUUCUUAAAAUAUUAUUUUUCAAGAAGGUAGGGAAGUGAGAUUCUUGAAAAAUGAUGUUUCAGUUUAAAAAACCAUUACCCUCAUUUGAUCAUGUAGAACCAACCAACUUAAUGGAAGUAGUUAUGAAAUUUGGAUCUGGCUGAAAAUUUGUUAAAACUUUGGAAGAUAUAGAUCACAUAGAUCACAGGGAAUUCACAUUACCAAAAUUUUGUAAUUAUUCUUGGAACGGAACAAGGAUGUCCACUGUCACUCCUGUUAUUUCUCCCAGUGAAUCUCCAGCCCCCGGCUCUCUCUCUUCCUCAUUCAUCAUCACCUCCUCUGCGGGUGGUGCUAAGUACCCUCUGUCUUUGAGCUCUUUGCUCUCCUACUUUUAAGGCUCGCUGGGUUCUGGGAGAUGGUGGGUCUAGAAUGCUUUCUAAUGACGUGUCAGCCAGGUGUUGCUCUGGCUCUCCCAUGAUUUCCCAACUUUCCCCCUCAUCUGCCUCUGAGCCGUGACUUCCGUCAAACCCCUGUUGUAAAUCUAUACUGUCUUCUUCCUCUUCUUCCUCCCUGGGAGGGUCAGGAUGGAGAGGUGGCCUCCCCCAUUCCUGCCUGGCCCUUGGUCAUCUUGGUCACUCUCCACCCCAUACCUGCCAACUCAUCAAUCUCUUCCUUAAUUUAUGGUGCCCAGAACUGGACACCGUAUUCCAGGUGUGGUCUGACCCCGGCGGAAUAGAGUGGGACUAUUACGUCCCUUGAUCUGGACACUAUACUUCUGUUGAAGCAGACUAAGAUUUCACUUUUAUAAACUUUAUAGAACUGUUUAGAACUUUUACAGCUGCCUGGAACUUCCAAAACUGUAUUGGAGAAUCACGGGAGGCGGGAGCCAUCCGUACUCCAGGCACCAAGAAGCAAUCAGGGUGCGUAGCGCAAUCAAAGUGGUGCGGGAACUUUAUGAUCCUUGUGUUCAGGACCCUUGUGUUUCUGGGACCCAUAGAUGGCUGUGGGGACAUGCAACACACUACGCUUAUAGAGAGUUUGCAUGAAACCCACAAAAAUCUUUAGCUCCACUGGGCCCUUAAUUUUAAAAAAGGGGGGAGUUUCAGGGAGCAUGUGGAAGAUUGGGGGAAAUCAAAACCCAUUCCUCCUGAUCAGAAUUGAUGAGUUGAUGACCACUGUAAGCAGAUGAAAACAUUAGCAGGAUUGCAAUAACACUUGUAAUGUAGAAAUUGCUAUGGAGAAAAUGGAGUGAUGUAAAAUAUGGACUAUUGAACAGUAUGCA